CCAAAUCAUCCAAGCCGAUGAGGCCUCAGAUCAAGAGGCAUCAUGGCUUCAACGUCUUACUCUUCAUUCUUGGAACCCUCUUUCCUCCGCUCGCCGUCGCAGCUCGAUUCGGCAUAGGCUCUGACUUCUGGCUGAAUCUUCUCCUCACGAUCUGUGGCUACAUACCCGGACAUUGCCACAACUUCUACAUUCAGAACGUCCGAAACAACAAGAACCACCGCCGCACUCCCAAGUGGGCUCAGCGCUACGGUCUCGUUGAUACGUCGACCAUUAAACGCCAUGAACAACGUUCCCAGUGGGCGCACAGAUACAAUGACCGUAACCCGCACUCUACUCUUGAGGACCAACCCCUCGAAGCCGGUGAGAAUAGUCCGGAUCCCUACCACCGAUCCGACAGCACGCUCUCGCGCCAGCCGUCACGCCCCAGCGACAACCGCCUCUGGAACACCGAUGACGAGUCCUACUACAGCAACGGCAAUGGGGGCAACGGCUCCGCCAACGCCGGCUCAAGCGGCGGCGGCCGCUGGCAAUAUCCCGCCAACUUUGACAACGCGCUCCCGGAACUCGUCAGCUCAGGCAGUCAGAAGAAGAAAAAGAGCGGCAAGGACAACCGUGACCGGUGGUCUCGCACAGAGGAGGCGCAUGCGAAUCCCGACCAGGGCUCCCGCAAAAAGAAGAAGAAGAAGUCCAAGAACACGUCAACUGUGGGUGAUGCCGGUGGCGACUGGAACUCGACCUAUUCCAGGCGCAGUGAGAGCACUGCUGACCUUGACGGUCCCGAGGAUCCGACGGGUAAUGCAUAUAGCGCUCACGGUGGGAGUCGCCCUCAAGCUCAGGCUGGCGGUGCUGCCGGUAAUGGGCAUGCCGCUGGCAAUGAAGAAGAUGUCUUCAACCACGAAUUUUGAGGGUUAGGCAGGGUCAAUUGCCCAUUCGGAGCAAGAUGUGCAACUAGCUCAUUGGGAAAGGUUCGCAGUGCGAGGGAGGACAGUAUUAUUGAGGUAAACUGAAAUCGUUUAAUAGACUAUGCUCGUGAUUAAAAUCUCUUUUAUUAUGGGCGCGUUCUCGUCCAGAUAUCCUACUUAUGCUUUUUCAUGUAUGAUCAUUUGCUCGGUUAAUUUAUCGCUUGGUUAGUG